AGAGAGAGAGAGAUUGUCGGCGCGUGAAGUGGGAGAGAAAGGAAAAAUGCGUCUCGGGAGAGGAUCGCCGCGCGGGACAGCGGGUCACGGCUGAGGUUAUGUCGGGUCUAUUAUGGGAAUUAUAGUGAGCUCGUGUUUGAACGAGCACGAAGCUGAGGCCGUGGUCCCGGUGAACCGAGUGAGAAGGGUCUUUUAUGGUCUAAAGUGUCCCGUAUGCUCCAAGUUUAUCCUACCGGAUGAUAUAGAAUGUCACCUGGUCAUGUGCCUGACCAAGCCACGGCUCAGUUACAAUGAGGAUGUGCUAACGGAUGGUAAGGGUGAAUGUGUCAUUUGCCUUGAGGAGUUACAAUCUGGUGAUCUUAUAGCUCGCUUGCCCUGUCUUUGUAUAUAUCACAAAAACUGCAUUGAUAAGUGGUUUCAAGUAAAUCGUAGCUGCCCCGAACAUCCUGGAGAUUGAUUCGUACCUGUUGAACUUAGCGGAGCACAGUGGAACAAGAUGCUGGCCCAGAGGAGAUUUACCUCAAUGGGAUUGAAAUGGCAAGAAAUGGCAGAAAUUUAAAAAAAAGAAGCUAGUCAAGGUGGCUGCUAGUCCGCAAUGGUGAUUGAUGCGUGCGGUGAAUUGUUCGACUGAACGAGAUUCGCUCAUCAAAUCGAACACAUGAAAACACAAAUGUUUAAUUCAAUCCUCAACUUUACUAUUAAGCGGGGAACUUAAAUAACAAAAAAAUCGCCAUAGGAUUCAACGAUACACACACAAUGCUAUUACCUAUACGUAUCUAUAAUUAAUCUAUUAUUGCUCUAUCGCUUACUAUCAAUUGUACCAUAUUUAUAAAUUUUACUUAGUUUUACAUCUUGAACUCGAUUUAGCGCUUAAGCAGGACGAUCUUUGUUAUUAUAUUUGAUCAUGAUUUUUUCUUUUCUUAAUCUUUUUACGUUUUUUUUCUUUUUUUUGGAAAAAAGGGGACAGAACGAAUCUUAGUCAAGGAGACCUGCAUAAGAGCAGGUGAGCUCUACCUUAGAUAAGUUAGUUAUACUUUUAUUGAUUUUUAGUAUCGAGACGAUGUAUCGUAAUUUUCGUUGUCUGUUGGGGGAUGAGUGUUGGAAAGGAUAUUUUUGAUACUUUCAUAAAAGGGAGAGCCAGAAUGUAUAAGAGUUUCGAGCGCCGGAGAUGACGUUAAUGCUGUUGAUGCUGUAGUAACAAUAAAGGUUCUGAUUUAACCUUCCUUACUGAGAUUCAUACUAAUGUGAUAAUCUCUUUUGUUGUUAUUAGAGAGAAUUGACAUGCUCCGUGUGUUAUUGAGAUGUACAGUCUAUUGUCGAUUACACUGAGGAUUACCUACUAUAUAAUUAAUCUCUUUUGUAUAUGAAUAAGGAUUGACAUAACCCAGCAGGAGUAGUUUUUGUAAUACGAACAAUCAAAGUUUAUCAUCGUUCCAGUAAUAUAUACAAACCGUAUAUGUGGUUCGGCUCGGACUUGUAUUGCGUGAGGUUAAAAUGAAAACUAAUAAAGCAAUGUGUGAAAGGACAUAA